GUGUGUGUGUAUCAACCCCACGCUGCAUGCUGCUCUCAGACCAGCGUCCCCGCGCGCGUUGGCUACGCCCACAACAUUUACGUCAGACAGCCACAGCCAGUGACGUUUGGACGCAGCACUCUCCUCCUCCGUCCCGAAGCAAAGCAUCACCAGAGUCCUCCAUCAGCCCCUCUCAGUCUGCUCUCUGUUUCCUGCUGGAUACCGGUUCUCCGUGGAUGUUCUCCUGCAGCAGGAUGUCGCUCUGAGUGACGCUCUGUGUUUCUGGAUGUGCGCCGCGCUGAUCCGGUUUGUCAGUGACUGCUUUCCUUCACUUGUGAAGUCGCUGUGUGUGUGAGCUGAACUUUCAUUGAGCCACACGAUGCCUCAGCUUCCUUCAUAGAGACGCUUUGUGAGCCUUCAGCAGGAUGUCGCUCAGAGUGUGAGCUCUGUGUGUGUGGUGUGUGUGUGUGUGUGUGUGUGUGUGUGUGUGUGUGUGUGUGUGUGUGUGUGUGUGUGUGUGUGUGUGUGUGUGUGUGUGUGUGUGUGUCAUAGAGACGCUUUGUUCAUUAUUUCUUAAAAAGAGGAAAAGUUGGGCGCGCAAACUUUUGGAGAUAUGGCGAUGGUGGCGUGGAGAAACACGGAGGACCCCCAGGGCCCCCUGUCCUCCCCUCUGUCUCUGCCCGGGGAGCUGACGGGACACAUCAACCCUGCGCCGGCUGCAGCAGCAGCAGCACCUCAGGGCGCAGCGUCCAGCACCACCACCUCCUCCUCGUCCUCCUCCACGGACAAACAGCAGAGCACGCAGAUCGAGUGCAUCGUGUGCGGGGACAAAUCCAGCGGGAAACACUACGGACAGUUCACCUGUGAGGGAUGUAAGAGCUUCUUCAAACGCAGCGUCAGGAGGAACCUGAGCUACACCUGCAGGGCCAACAGGACCUGUCCCGUGGACCAGCACCACCGGAACCAGUGCCAGUACUGUCGCCUCAAGAAGUGCCUCAAAGUGGGCAUGAGGAGGGAAGCCGUGCAGAGAGGCCGGCUGCCCACGCAGUCUUAUCACGGACAGUUCUCGCUGACUAACGGAGACCCCCUGCAGGGUCACUCGUACCUGUCGGGCUACAUCUCUCUCCUGCUGCGGGCUGAGCCCUACCCGACGUCCCGCUUCGGCUCUCAGUGUCUGCAGAGCAACAACCUCAUGGGCAUCGAGAACAUCUGCGAGCUGGCGGCCCGGAUGCUGUUCAGCGCCGUGGAGUGGGCCCGGAACAUCCCGUUCUUCCCGGACCUGCAGGUGACGGACCAGGUGGCCCUGCUGCGCCUCACCUGGAGCGAACUGUUCGUGCUGAACGCCGCGCAGUGCUCCAUGCCGGUGCACGUCGCCCCGCUGCUGGCCGCCGCAGGCCUGCACGCCUCCCCGAUGUCCGCGGACCGGGUCGUGGCCUUCAUGGACCACAUCCGGGUCUUCCAGGAACAGGUGGAGAAGCUGAAGGUACUUCACGUGGACUCGGCAGAGUACAGCUGCAUUAAGGCCAUCGUGCUGUUCACCACAGAUGCUUGCGGCCUGUCGGACCUGACUCAUGUGGAGGGUCUGCAGGAGAAGUCUCAGUGUGCUUUAGAGGAGUAUGUGAGGAGCCAGUACCCGAACCAACCCAACAGGUUUGGAAAGCUGCUGCUCCGCCUGCCUUCCCUCCGCACCGUCUCCUCUUCUGUCAUAGAGCAGCUCUUCUUCGUCCGUCUGGUGGGGAAGACCCCCAUAGAGACUCUGAUAAGGGACAUGCUGCUGUCUGGAAGCAGCUUCAACUGGCCUUACAUGCCCCUUCAGUAGGGGGGGGGGGAGGGGGGGAGCUCCAGUCCAGCGGUGCUGCUAAGGUCAGCAAAGGGAACCAAACCUCAAAUCCAGUCUGCCAGUGAGACGAGAUGAUGACCAAUGAGAGAGGAUCUCUGCUC